CGAUCGACAACCUCCGUAUCGACCACCUAGCUACUAGAUACUAGCUACUGUAUCGAGAUCGGUAUAGCAGCCACGGGGGUGCUACAGAUCGCACAAGAACGGCAGGAUGGAAACGGCCAGCGUGCAAGCUCGACCGGACACCUGGCGAGAUCCCCGAAAGCUAAAGACGCAAGCCGAGAUACAGAGACACCUCACCCUGCUCUCUCAACGGGAAAACGAGCUCUCGGUGGCUCUCAACGAGAUAAUAAGCAAUAGGACUGGCCUCGACGAUAGUAUAAGGCGGCUGAAUACCUUGGUACCGAAAGUCAAGUCGCUGCAACAACAGGUCGAUGGGGAGGUAGUCCCGGAUGAAAACGAACGUCAGAGCGUGCCAGUGUUCGACGAGUUUUCAGACGACGAAUUCGAGGACGAAGACUAUGGCUUGGUCGAACGGAUACGAAGGGUAUGGGUGACGAGUGAACGAGUGGGCGGCAAGGUUCGCAAGCUGGAUGUCGAGGUUUCGAGAGUCAAGGAAGCUUCCGAGCGUGUACAGGAAGUGCUCGAACUUAGAAGCGCCCUACAGUCGUUGAGGGAGGCAAUACCGAAAGGUGACUGGGAACUUGCCACCCGCUGUUGUAAGCGGGCGAUGGACAUUCGAGAGGAAGUCAUCGAAUCCGCCUUCAGCGCCCGCGUUAUUCCGACUUCCUCGGAUCCAUCACCGCCACCUCAAGCAUUGCGCGAACUUCGGCAGCAGCUCUUGACCACAUUCAAGCGAGAGUUCGAGGAGGCCUCGAGUAAGAAGGACGAACAGGCGACUAGUCGGUUCUUCAAGCUAUUCCCUAUGAUCGGCGCCGAAAAUGAGGGGUUGGAGGUAUAUGGUGACUUCGUUACAGGCUUGGUACGAGGUCGCAAUCCAGCCGGCGGGAAACCUUCGUCCCCACUCUACUACGUCUCGCAUCUCACUUCGCUGCUAGAGAGCAUAGCACUGAUCAUCGAUCAGCAUCAAAACAUCGUAGACAAAUACUACGGGCAGGGCAAGAUGAAAGUCGUAGUCCAACGGUUGCAGAUGGAGGCGGAUGGAUUCUGCAAAACCCUCGUAGAAGGGUGGGAAGACGAGCGACGUGUAGGAAGAUUGAUCUCAGAAACGACGCAAAGCCGUUUCGAUUAUCUCGCCAAUCCCGUUCAGAACCACGCCCCAUCGAAUCAGUAUGGCGCGACCGCUUCUGUGCAGGCAUCGCUUACAGCGCUCUCUCAAGCUCAGCACGGUCUGGCGAAUCUUCCUGGAGCUGCGACAUCGCUUCUCGCUCAAUAUGCAGGAGCGGGUCCUAAGAAACCCUUGGCACAUACUGAGGAAGUGCCAGGCGAACAGCCAGACGGCUUGGAGGAGGAGAAGACCGGGCCUGAUCCACGAGACGUAGACAAGAUCGUCGGAGAAAUGAUCACUCUUAGCGGGAGGUGGGCAUUGUACCGGCGUUUCGUCUGGAAUCGACUAAAUUCUGACGAAGAUGAAGAGAAAACGCCUGUGGAGGAAAAGUCGGACCCUGCUGCGAUCGCAGAGCGGAAAGAAUCGUUGUCGGUGGAUGCCAUUGACGCAUCGGAAAGCCAGAGAGUCAUAACGAAUAUGCUUCGCACGUAUUACCAGCCUCUCGAAGCCUGGUACUUGAGGACUAGUGUACAAAAGGCGCACAGAAUGGACACUCCGGAUCUAAGCGAUCGACCACACGUUUCUUCUGUCGUAGACGACGUUUUCUACCUCCUGAAGCUCGUACUAAACCGAGCUCUUACAUCCGGGUCACUUGCCACGAUCCGUGCCAUAAGAGAAGAUGUCAGCAAGAUUAUCGAGCGAGACUACCUUGGAGUCUUGCAGAAGAAGAUGGACGCGGUGUACUCCGGCGGAGGCGCAGCUAUUGGCUUGCUCGGGACAAACUUGCCUGGUGCUAACAAAGAGGCCGAGAAGGAAAAGAGAGAAAAGGAGCUGAGAAUCAGCUAUAGCGUCCUUCUCAAUGACCUCGAUCUGUCUGCCAACUACACUGAGAGACUGGUAGACGAGAUGGUCUCGGGAGGUCUCGCAGAACAAUGGUUUUUGGAGGUGGAAGUACCCAUCGUACGAGCCGAACUCAAAACGCUCACUGACAUUGCCACGAGUAUGCGAACGAUCGCAAAGGCCGGAAUCGACCAGCUUUUCAACCAACUAACGCGGCCCCGACUCAGAACCUUGUUGGAAGAUGUGUACAAGGGUGUUACCUAUCUCUUGGAUGAAGACGCCUAUGCAGAUGCAGAGAACGAAGAUGUCGUGCGAAAGCGCUUCAUUAAGGGUUGGGAACCGCUCGUAGAAGGUUACCGGGCGAGCUUCACUGAUACGAAUUUCCAGACGUUCUUCUCGAUGAUGGUCGAGGUGAUGGUACGGCCUUGGGAGAAGAUGGUGUUAGGGAUGCGAUUCACAGAGUUGGGCGCCAUCCGCUUCGAUCGUGAUGUACGGUCGGUGGCGAACUACCUAUCAACACAAACGGAAUUCGGGGGCGGAAGGGAGAAGUUCACCCGGUUACAACAGAUUGCGACCAUCUUGAACCUCGAUCCGGACGAAGACCCUGAGGACUUUUAUGGGUCUUCAGGGAUCGCUUGGAGGUUGAACAAGAACGAGUAUGAUGGCAUCGUAGCAAUCAAGGUGUAACACAAGCCAAUUUGAUACAACAUGAUAUCGUUA